AUGCGGAUCCUCCGGAAGCUGUGGCCCUUUACGCUUAGUUCCGCGCUGCAGCGGCGUCGCCUUUUCACUUUAGCGAUGGAAGCGGGGUCGAGGCAGGUGGUGACCCCUGGAGAGCGCGCGGCCUGGAUGGACCAAGCUGUGAACAUGGCUAAGGAAGCACUAGAAAAGGGCGAAGUACCAGUUGGUUGCCUCAUGGUCUACAAUAAUGAGGUCAUAGGGAAGGGAAGGAAUGAAGUUAAUGAAACAAAAAAUGCAACUCGUCAUGCAGAAAUGGUAGCGAUUGAUCAGGUCAUAACCUGGUGUCAUCAGCACAAGAAGGCUUGUGAGGAAGUGUUUUCACACACAGCAUUGUACGUCACAGUAGAGCCCUGCAUAAUGUGUGCGGCUGCUCUGCGCGUGAUGAAAAUUCCACUGGUUGUAUAUGGCUGCCAAAAUGAACGAUUUGGAGGCUGUGGCUCAGUUCUGAAUAUCUCUUCUGCUACUUUAACAGACACGGGGGAGCCAUUUCAGUGCAUAGCAGGUUAUCGAUCUGAAGAAGCUGUGGAAAUGUUGAAAACCUUCUACAAACAAGAAAAUCCAAAUGCACCGAAGUCAAAAGUUCGAAAAAAGGAAUGCAGUAAAUGAUUCUUUGUGAUGGAGAAUAACUUGAAGUUAGAAGAAUACUGAACACUGAAACACGUGGGCAGUGCUUACAUUCCCUUGUCUAUGAUAUUUAGUACUUAGAGGCGAAGAACAGUGUGCCUCUUCUUCUGUAGGUUGUUGUGAUAUAUCAUUUGUGUGUUUUUAGAAAUUACACUAAUAUCAUAAUCAAAUAUGGCCUUUUAAAAAAUGUCUGGAUUUUAUAUGUGGAGAUGGGCAGGAAAAUAGAAAGAGAAAGUACCCUUUCAGUAAUAGUUCAGAUUGAACUGUUGUAGCCAUAUCAAUUUUGAUCUUGAUUAGAAAGAGGACCAAUUAUUAUGAGAGGCUUUGGCCAGUUUGGCUUAUGCUGAUUUCUUGACAAUGGUGCAGCUUAGGUCAGUGGUGCACACAGGAUUCUGUAAAUGCAAACUACUUAGACCGUCCUUUUCUUUGUGGUGUUGCUGACACUUAGAAUAGUCUGCUCUGAGGUCUGGGUGCUGCAUCAACUAGGACAGAACUGCUGCCACCAUCAGAACAGGGAAAACCACAUGGUAUUGACAGCUUGGAGUUGGUGUGAGCUGAGAGUAUACUGGAUGUUUUCAUGAGAACCAGCCCUUAUGAGCCUGGUCUAUACUGAGUCAGACAAUUCAGGGCUGAAUGUCCGCUUUGGCACUGGUUUUCCAGCACAGACCUUUCCCAUCACCUGCUUUGUUGUUGUUAUUAGUCACAAAGUUGUG